AUGUCACGAAGUUUUGGUCAAGAGUUUCUCGAUGAACUUUCAAAGUUUGGAUCGAAGACUUCGCUGGUUUGUUUGUUUUUUUCUGUUUUCUCAAGAGAGAUCAUUCAGAUAUUUCGAGAUGCUCACAUUUCAUUCGAUCAGCUGGUCUCCUAUAUCAAGAAAUGGUCCUCACGGCUGAAGAAUCUGAAAAAGAGGUUAAAGAACGAGAAAGGCUUUGAAGCGAACCUCUAUUUUAUUGUUUAAAGAUCCACUGAUCCUCUUCGGAUCGCUCUCUUCUCGACCAAUUCGCCCGAUAUCAUCGCCAUCAUCGUGGCCGUUCAGUGCGUUGGUCUGACCGUCAUCCCUUUGAAUCCUUCAUAUAAGAAAUGUAAAAAGUAUCCAGAAGCGAUCACUCUUCAUUUUGUUCCUCAGAUGAAAUAGAAGAGUACCUCCGUCUCUCGAACGCGAAUUUUAUCAUAGUCAGUGAUGACGUAGAUUUGGAGAAGUUUGAAGAAAUUGAAGUGAACACAAUCUCGGAGAUGUUGGCUGAAGAAGAAGAAGAAGAAGAAGAAGAAGAAGAAGAGGACGGAAACGACGACGGAGCACUGCCCACUUCUGGAGUCAUUUCAUUCUUCUCUUCUGGAACAACUGGACCGCCAAAGCUCUUCGAGUAUUCUCAUCGUAUUCUUUGUGCUCAACUUGAUCAAAUAAGAGCGAUCCAGUCAGAUUCCCGCUUUUUCUCCCCGUCCGAUUCGGAUAUUUGCUACGGAGUUCUUCCGUUUUUCCAUGCUGGAGGACUCGUUACAGUAUUAUCUAUGCUCUUUUCCGGCUGUACCAUUUUGGUAAACGAAAGAUGGAGUGAGCAAGAGUUCCUCGCAAACUGCCAGAACUACUCCGUCUCGGUGCUGUUCCUCGUUCCGCCCGUUCUUCAUUUCCUCGCCAACAAUCCGCUCGUUGCCAGUUUCGAUCUGACUUCUCUGAAAACAAUCUACGUGGGCGCGGCGGCCAGCCCGCCUGUGAACUUCUCGAAAAUAUCGAAGCGAUUUGCGGGAUUGGAGAAUUUGAUUCAAUGUAAAUACUAUGAAUAAGUUCACUUUGUCUCAACAGUUUUCAGUGUACGGAACCACUGAAUGCGGCGUCCUUUUGUGCAGUACUGGCAAGGGUAUCGCCAGUGGUCUGACGGUCGGACUGCCGUUCCCGUCGGUCGAAGUGAGAAUCGAUCGGAGCAAGAGCGAGAUUCAGGUGAAGUCGCCGACCGCCGUGGAAGAAGGAUUCGUGGACACAGGUGGAGGGAAAUGGGGUGACGGAGUGGCCGACGGGCAAGUGUUUCAGGAGAUUUGGGAUGUUUCAGUUAUAAAGCGAACGAGUUAAUGAUAGUCGGACGGUCGAAAGAAAUGAUGAAAGUGAGGGGUUGGCAGGUGAAUCCGAAUGAGAUCGAGGAUGUCAUUCGGAUGGUUUCCGGGAUUGUCGACUGUGCAGUCUACCAAGUGAGUCCCUCCGCCCCACGUUUCCACAUUCGUUCCCCCUUUCAGAAACCAGUCUCUGGCCAGUUAGUCGCCAAAGUAAUCGGAGAUUCCGGAACAAAAGAGGAGAUUAUGACGGUGGUGAAAGGUGAGAAGAGAUUCUCGGAAUGAAACGCCAUUUCCCCCUUUUUCCAGAUAAUUUGGCGUCCUACAAACGACUCGAUGACGUCCUUUUUGUGAAGGAACUUCCGAGAAAUCCGUCGGGCAAACUGGUCCGACAUCUUCUCUAA